CUGUCCACGCGCUUUUACGACGAUAUUGUUGGUUUUUUCUUUUCUUUGAAGUGUAAUCAUAAGUAAUGUUUUGAUUUGUGCGAGCAAGUGAGCGAGCGAGCUUUGGACCUGACCAGGAUUAUUAUGGGAUUAAAGGUCGUUCAUUCAUUCAUUCUUUCAUCUGAGGCGAGGCAGUCCCCUUUACUUACGUGACCUUUCCGUUUGGAGGAGGAGCGAGUGAAUUUCCAAAGGCCUUCCGUCGUCCAGAAUGGGGGAGGUCCAGCUAAGAGGUCAACUGGAGGGUCUCAAACUGACCAAGUCCCAGCUACUAGUCCGGACAGCCGAGCUCAAACGGCAGAUCGCGGAGAUAGAGAUUCUGGAAGGAGAGGCCAUGAGAGAG